GGGCCUCGGCCUGGGUCCGGCUUCCGGCGCGCGCGGCUGGCGAGGGCUCUCUCCUGCGGCGGCUCCCGGGCGGCGCCGGGCGCGUUCCAGUGGCCAUGAGCGUGGGCUUCAUCGGCGCCGGCCAGCUGGCCUGUGCCCUGGCGCGGGGCUUCACGGCCGCAGGCAUCCUGUCGGCUCACAAGAUCAUAGCCAGCUCCCCGGAGAUGGAUCUGCCCACCGUGUCCUCGCUCAGGAAGAUGGGUGUGAACCUGACCCGGAACAACAAGGAGACGGUGAGGCACAGUGAUGUCCUGUUCCUGGCAGUGAAGCCACACAUCAUCCCCUUCAUUCUGGACGAGAUCGGGGCCGACGUCCAGCCCAGGCACAUUGUGGUGUCCUGUGCUGCCGGGGUCACCAUCAGCUCUGUGGAAAAGAAGCUGAUGGCAUUCCAGCCGGCCCCCAAGGUGAUUCGCUGCAUGACCAACACACCUGUGGUGGUGCGGGAGGGCGCCACGGUGUAUGCCACAGGCACCCAUGCCCUGGUGGAAGAUGGGCAGCUCCUGGAGCAGCUCAUGAGCAGCGUGGGCUACUGCACCGAGGUGGAGGAGGACCUGAUUGAUGCUGUCACAGGGCUCAGCGGCAGCGGGCCCGCCUAUGCAUUCAUGGCCCUGGAUGCGUUGGCUGAUGGUGGGGUUAAGAUGGGCUUGCCUCGGCGCCUGGCGGUCCGACUGGGGGCCCAGGCCUUGCUGGGGGCUGCCAAGAUGCUACUGGACUCAGAGCAGCACCCAGGCCAGCUCAAGGAUAAUGUGUGCUCCCCUGGGGGGGCCACCAUCCAUGCCCUGCACUUCCUAGAGAGUGGGGGCUUCCGCUCCCUGCUCAUCAAUGCUGUGGAGGCCUCUUGCAUCCGCACACGAGAGCUGCAGUCCAUGGCUGACCAAGAGAAGGUGUCCCCAGCUGCCCUCAAGAAGACUCUUCUGGACAGAGUGAAGCUGGAAUCCCCCACAGUGUACACAUUGACCCAUUCCAGCUCAGGGAAGCUCCUCACAAAAAACCCAGCUUCUGGGGGCAAGAAGGACUGAGGUAGCCUCUGCCCUCCUUUCUAGAACCAGAGCCCUGAGGGGGACCGUGCAGGGUGAGGGCAGGCCCCAGCAAGCAGCUUUUGGUCCUGGUCAUAAAACCUCCUUAAGCCUGCUCAGGCCAGGCUGCAAUAGUUUCCUGUCUUGUCCAUGGAAUAUGCUCUGGGAGUGGUUGAGGGUGGCAGCCAGAGGCAGGCUGGCAUACCUGCCAGGGGUGAAACAGGCCAGGACUCCAGUCAGAGCCCCACUCAGUAGCAAGUUCUGCAGACUUGCAGCUGGAGUCCUCCAUCUGGAGCCCGAUGCAGGGUCCGCCUGAUGCCACGUCAAGGUGGAGAGAGCUACCAAACAUGACAAGGGCUUUUCUCUGUGAACUGUAAAUGGAUAAGAAGCGAGCAACUUAGAAUUGUUACAGUUAAUCAGAAAAGCAGGGAAUUAGACUGUGCUUAUAUUGAACUCUUGCUUUGUAGGUGUCUCAUUGAAAAAGCCUUACUCAAUGCUGUUAAGCUGCUUCAAUAAAGUUAUUUUUUGUUACCUUG